AUGGGUCUCUUGUUUACGGUAAAACGAUUUAAGGAACCGAAGGCAGAGAGGCGUCCCUGGAGGAUAUGGUUUUAUGAUACAUCCAAGCAAGCAAUAGGCUCCCUCUUCAUCCACUUUGCCAAUGUUUUUCUGUCGGAUCUCACUGAAGAGGACCCUUGCUCUCUUUUCCUUGGCUACCUUCUUAAUUUCAUCCUUGAUGCCACGCUGGGGAUGCUGCUGAUCUGGCUUGGUGUGAAGGUUGUCUCCUGGAUCGGGCAGCAUAAGAAGUACACGUACCUGGUCUUCGGAGGAUAUGGUGACCCUCCACAAGCUGCCGCCUGGAUUGGCCAGUGUGCCCUCUACUUGCUGAUAAUGGUUUUUGAGAGGACUGUGAUUAGCCUUGUGCUGCUUAUCCCUGGUUGGACAAAGCUUCAGCAGAUCCUCCUGGGUUACAUCCCAAACCCCAUCCUGGUCAUGCUCGUUGUGCCUUUUAUAGUCAAUGCCAUUAUGUUCUGGGUUGUGGACAGCUUGAUCAUGAAGAAAUACGAGCAGAAGGACACCGUAGACAUCAAUGGAUCCAUAGAAACUCCUCAUGCUAGGAGGACUGAGGAAUCUCAGGUUUUACUCUCUCCAGACAUGGAUUUUGAUCAGUCUGAAAGCGACCAGGAUGUUUCAGUACUGCAGGGAACGAACCAGCAGAUGAAGCAGCCCAGCUAUCAAGUGUUCAUCUGACAACACUGAGACAAGGAAGGUGGAGGGAGGGAAGCAGCACUGCGAUCCUUGAGCUGGCCAAGGGAAUGCUAGUUGAUCCUUAUGGAUCUGCAGAGAUCCUUUUGCCUGCCUCAGCUAGACCUGUCUGCAGUUGUCUCUUUGGGACGGCUUCUAUGCAUCCUGUACAGGCUGGAGCAGCAUCUGCUGUACCUGUGUGAUCCUGACCCACACCCAUGCAGGCACACUGGGGUUAGGGCUGUGCACAUGUAC